GGUAAUGGACAGGGAAGCCUGGCGUGCUGCGAUUCAUGGGGUCGCAAAAACUCGGACAUGACUGAGCGACUGAACUGACUAACUGACUGAAAGGAAAGAAGGCUAUUUCUCCCUGAACGAGUAGCCUGGUUCUCAUCGUCCUUCGCUCUCAGAGGGAGAAAGAGACAGAAGAACAGACAUGCCCAGUGGAAUCAACUGCCUGAAUGAAUGACUGAAACUCACUAGAUUCUGUGACAUAAGCUUCCAGUGAGAGACAAUACCAUCACUGAAUCUCCUUCCUCCAGCUCAGGAACUCUGAACAGAAAAGUGUUGAACAGUUUAAGUAAAAGUGUUGAAUAAUAAAAACGUUCUUGACACAUAUCCCAUUGGAUGGGUACAUUUGAAGUUAUUGGGAAACAGGUAAAAUUAGUAAUUUAAACUGAUGACAUUUUCUUUGAUCAUAUUGUGAAUACAUAAAUGAAAAUCAAAAAAGGAAGUAAAAGUGUAUUAAAACAAUUAGAAAAUGAAAAUUACCAUGUUCCCUAUUUAAUGGCCUCACUUAGAAAGCAUGGCAUCAGAGAACCUACCUCAAGGUUCUACCAGACGCCAGCAGACACCGCUCAGCCAGGCCAGCAGCUGCUUCGUCUUUCCCAUGGCCUUCAUGCUCUCUCUACUGAUGGCCCUGGUGCUGGUCAGCUAUGGCCCGGGAGGAUCCCUGGGCUGUGACCUGUCUCAGAACCACGUGCUGGUUGGCAGGCAGAACCUCAGGCUCCUGGACCAAAUGAGGAGACUCUCCCCUCGCUUCUGUCUGCUGGACAGAAAAGAUUUCGCUUUCCCCCAGGAGAUGGUGGAGGGCGGCCAGCUCCAGGAGGCCCAGGCCAUCUCUGUGCUCCACGAGAUGCUCCAGCAGACCUUCAACCUCUUCCACACAGAGCGCUCCUCCGCUGCCUGGGACACCACCCUCCUGGAGCAGCUCCGCACUGGACUCCAUCAGCAGCUCGAUGACCUGGACGCCUGCCUGGGGCAGGUGAUGGGAGAGGAAGACUCUGCCCUGGGAAGGAUUGUCCCCACACUGGCUGUGAAGAAGUACUUCCACGGAAUCCAUGUCUACCUGAAAGAGAAGGAAUACAGCAACUGUGCCUGGGAAAUUGUCAGACUGGAAAUCAUGAGAUCCUUCUCUUCAUCAGCCAACUUGCAAGAAAGGUUAAGAAUGAUGGAUGGAGACCUGAACUCACCUUGA